CGGCUCGCCUACUCCAUGGAGGCGCUCUUCGACGAGCGCUCCAACGACUACUUCUCCAUCGACGCCGAGACGGGCAGCGUGGUGACCACRCGCAGCCUGGACCGCGAGACCAAGGACACGCACGUGCUCAAAGUGACCGCCUCCGACCACGGCUCCCCGCGCCGCCGCUCCGCCACCACGUACCUCACGGUGACCGUGAGCGACACGAACGACCACGAGCCCGUGUUCGAGCAGCCCGAGUACCGCGAGAGCAUUCGGGAGAACCUGGAGGUGGGUUACGAGGUGCUGACGAUCCGYGCGACCGACGGCGAUGCACCGGCCAACGCCAACAUGCUCUACCGGCUGCUGGAGCCGGGAGCCAGUGACGGCGUCUUCGAGAUCGACCCGCGCUCCGGGGUGGUGCGGACCCGAGCGCCCGUGGACCGCGAGGAGGUGUCCGAGUACCACCUGGUGGUGGAAGCCAAUGACCAGGGCAAGGACCCRGGGCCUCGCAGUGCCACGGCCAUGGUGCACAUCACUGUGGAGGACGAGAACGACAACUACCCGCAGUUCAGCGAGAAGCGCUACCUGGUGCAGGUGCCCGAGGAUGCCCCAGUGAACAGUCAGAUCCUGCAGGUGCAGGCCACUGACCGGGACCGGGGCAGCAACGCCCAGGUGCACUACAGCAUCGUGAGCGGCAACCUGAAAGGGCAGUUCUACAUCCACUCAUUCUCUGGCGCCAUUGACCUCAUCAACCCUCUGGAUUAUGAGACUAUCCGGGAGUACACGCUGCGGAUCAAAGCCCAAGAUGGGGGCAGGCCUCCCUUAAUCAACUCCAGUGGCAUGGUGUCAGUGCAGGUCGUGGAUGUCAAUGACAAUGCCCCCAUCUUUGUCAGCACUCCCUUCCAGGCCACRGUGCUGGAGAACGUUCCUCUGGGCUACUCCGUGCUGCACAUUCAGGCUGUGGAUGCUGAUUCUGGGGAAAAUGCACGCCUGGAGUACAAACUCAUAGAGAUGACACCGCCCGCUGGAAACGCUCCCGUAGCGGGCGACUCUGCGUUCCCUUUUCAGAUCAACAACAGCACCGGGUGGAUCACGGUGUCGGCAGAGCUGGACCGAGAGACUGUAGAGAACUACCACUUUGGGGUGGAGGCCAGGGACCAUGGUGUGCCCGUCAUGACCUCCUCAGCCAGUGUGUCCAUCACAGUCUUGGAUGUCAAYGACAACAACCCUACCUUCACCGAGAAGGUGUAUCACCUCAGACUGAACGAGGACGCCGCUGUGGGCAGCAGUGUCCUCACCCUGACRGCUGUGGACAGGGAUGUCAACAGUGUGGUGACCUAUCAGAUCACCAGUGGCAACACUAGGAACCGUUUUGCCAUCACCAGUCAGAGCGGAGGGGGACUGAUCACCCUGGCCUUGCCCCUGGAUUACAAGCAGGAGAGGCAGUACGUGCUCACAGUCACUGCCUCGGAUGGCACUCGCUUUGACACCGUCCAGGUCUUCAUUAAUGUCACAGACGCCAACACGCACCGCCCAGUCUUCCAGAGCUCCCACUACACCGUGAGCGUGAGUGAGGACAAGCCCAUUGGCACCUCUAUUGUCACCAUCAGUGCCACUGAUGAGGACACAGGGGAGAACGCGAGGAUCACGUACAUUUUGGAUGAUAACAUCCCCCAGUUCCGCAUUGAYCCCGACACAGGCACCAUCACCACCCUGAUGGAGCUGGACUAUGAGGACCAAGCCUCCUACACGCUGGCCAUUACAGCCCAUGACAAUGGCAUUCCCCAGAAGUCUGACACUACCUACGUCGAGAUCCUCAUCCUGGAUGCCAAUGACAACGCGCCCCGCUUCCUGCGUGACCGCUACCAGGGCUCGGUGUUUGAGGAUGUGCCUCUCUCCACCAGCGUCCUGCAGCUCUCUGCUACGGACCGUGACUCGGGCCUCAAUGGCCGCCUGCUCUACACAUUCCAAGGUGGUGAUGAUGGAGAUGGAGACUUCUACAUUGAACCCACUUCUGGGGUGAUACGUACACUGCGCAAGCUUGACCGUGAAAAUGUGGCGGUCUACAGCCUGCGGGCCUUUGCUGUAGACAGGGGCAGCCCACCCCUGAAAGCCUCUGUGGAUAUCCAGGUGACUGUGCUGGACAUCAAUGACAACCCUCCGGUCUUUGAGAAGGACGAAUUUGACAUCUUUGUGGAGGAGAACAGCCCCGUGGGCUCUAUUGUGGCACGGAUCAGUGCAGCGGACCCUGACGAGGGAACCAAUGCCCAGAUCAUGUACCAGAUUGUGGAGGGCAACAUCCCUGAGGUCUUCCAGCUGGACUUGCUCAAUGGUGACCUCACGGCCCUGAUGGACCUGGAUUAUGAGAGCCGGACGGAGUAUGUGAUCGUGGUGCAGGCCACUUCUGCCCCUCUUGUCAGCCGAGCUACGGUGCACAUCCGCCUCCUGGAUCAGAAUGAUAACCCACCUGUGCUGCAGGACUUCCAAAUCCUCUUCAACAACUACGUGACCAACAAGUCCAAUAGCUUCCCCUCUGGUGUGAUUGGCAAGAUCCCAGCUCAUGAUCCUGAUGUGUCUGACAGCCUGGCUUACACCUUUGUGCAAGGCAAUGAAUUAAAUUUGCUCCUUUUGGACUCUGCCACUGGGGAGCUCAAACUCAGUCGGGAUCUGGACAACAACAGACCCCUGGAAGCCCUCAUGAAAGUGUCAGUCUCAGAUGGGGUCCACAGCGUCACGGCGGUCUGCACCCUGCGCGUCACCAUCAUCACGGACGACAUGCUCACCAACAGCAUCACGGUGCGGCUGGAGAACAUGUCGCAGGAGAAGUUCCUCUCUCCGCUCCUUUCUCUCUUUGUGGAGGGGGUGGCAACCGUGCUGUCCACGGCCAAGGACAGCAUCUUCGUUUUCAACAUCCAGAAUGACACGGACGUCAGCUCCAACAUCCUCAACGUGACCUUCUCAGCCUUGCUCCCAGGGGGCAUUCGAAACAAGUUCUUCCCCUCUGAGGAUCUCCAGGAGCAGAUCUACCUCAACAGGACACUGCUGACCACGAUCUCCACGCAGAGGGUGCUGCCCUUCGACGACAACAUCUGCUUGCGGGAGCCCUGUGAGAACUACAUGAAGUGCGUGUCCGUGCUGAAGUUCGACAGCUCUGCUCCGUUCAUCAGCUCCAACACCGUCCUCUUCCGUCCCAUCCACCCMAUCAACGGGCUGCGGUGCCGGUGUCCGCCGGGCUUCACGGGYGACUACUGUGAGACCGAGAUCGACCUCUGCUACUCCAACCCCUGUGGUAACAACGGGCUGUGCCGGAGCCGAGAAGGGGGCUACACUUGCGAGUGCUACGAGGACUACACUGGAGAGCACUGCGAAGUGAACGCUCGCUCCGGCCGCUGCGCGCCCGGCGUGUGCAAGAACGGGGGCACCUGCGUGAACCUGCUCAUAGGGGGCUUCAAGUGCGAGUGCCCUCCCGGCGAAUACGAGCGGCCCUACUGCGAGAUGACCACCAGGAGCUUCCCCCCGCAGUCCUUCAUCACCUUCAAGGGGCUGCGGCAGCGCUUCCACUUCACAGUCUCCCUCAUGUUCGCCACGCGGGAGAGGAAYGCGCUGCUGCUCUACAACGGGCGCUUCAACGAGAAGCACGACUUCCUGGCGCUGGAGAUCAUCGAGGAGCAGAUCCAGCUCACGUUCUCCGCGGGGGAGACGACCACGACGGUGGCGCCGGUGGUGGCGGGGGGCGUCAGCGACGGGCAGUGGCACUCGGUCCAGGUGCACUACUACAACAAGCCCAACAUUGGGCGACUAGGAAUUCCCCACGGACCUUCGGGGGAGAAGGUGGCCGUUGUAACCGUGGAUGACUGCGACACGGCGGUGGCCGUGCGCUUCGGGACCCUCAUCGGCAACUACACGUGCGCUGCCCAGGGCACGCAGACUGGAUCGAAAAAAUCUUUGGACCUGACGGGUCCCCUUCUGCUUGGCGGUGUCCCGAACUUGCCUGAGGACUUCCCUGUGCACAACAGACAGUUCGUCGGCUGUAUGAGGAACCUCUCCAUUGACAGCAAACCAAUUGACAUGGCCAGUUUCAUAGCCAACAACGGCACCUUGCCAGGCUGUGCAGCUCAGAGGAACUACUGUGAGAGCAACUGGUGCCAGAACGGGGGCACGUGUGUGAACAAGUGGCACACGUACAUCUGCGAGUGCCCCGUGCGCUACGGCGGGAAGAACUGCGAGCAAGUGAUGCCUUCUCCUCAGCGGUUCAGCGGGGAGAGCGUCGUCAUCUGGAGCGACCUCGACAUAACCAUCUCCGUGCCCUGGUACAUCGGCCUGAUGUUCAGGACCCGCAAAGUCAACGGCAUGCUGAUGCAAGCAAAUGCUGGAGCUGCUUCCAAGAUCAACAUUCAGAUACUGAACAGCUAUGUGCAGUUUGAAGUGUACAGUGGCCUAAGCCAAGUUGCUAGCUUGAAGAUGACCCAGUCACGAGUCAGUGACGGCGAAUGGCACCACUUAUUAAUAGAGCUAAAGAGUGCUAAAGAUGGAAAAGACAUCAAGUACCUGGCUGUCAUGUCCUUGGACUACGGGAUGUACCAGAGCACUGUGCAGAUUGGAAAUCAGCUGCCUGGGCUGAAAAUGAAAAGCAUCAUUGUGGGAGGUGUCUCUGGAGACCAGAUCUCGGUUCAGCAGGGAUUUUAUGGCUGUAUGCAGGGUGUAAGAAUGGGAGAAACAUCCACAAACAUAGCGACACUCAACAUGAAACAGGCUCUCAAGAUCAAUGUGAAGGAGGGCUGUGAAGUGGACAACCCCUGUGACUCCAACCCAUGUCCUCAGCACAGCUACUGCAGUGACGACUGGGACAGCUACUCCUGUGUCUGUGACCCAGGGUACUUUGGGCGAGACUGCGUUGAUGUGUGUAACCUGAACCCCUGUGAGCAUGUCUCCACGUGCGUGCACAAACCCAGCUCAUCCCACGGCUACACCUGCGAGUGCGGGCAAAGCUAUUUCGGGCAGUACUGCGAGAGCAAGAUUGACUUGCCUUGUCCCAGAGGCUGGUGGGGAAAUCCCAUUUGUGGUCCUUGCAAUUGUGAGACCAGCAAGGGGUUUGAUCCCGAUUGCAAUAAGACUAAUGGAGAAUGCCGUUGCAAGGCCAAUUACUACAAGCCCCAGAGCAGCGACACGUGCUACCCGUGCGACUGCUUCCCCUCGGGCUCCCACACGCGCACCUGCGACAUGGAGACGGGCCAGUGUCCCUGCAARGCCGGCGUCAUCGGGAGGCAGUGCAACCGCUGCGACAACCCCUUCGCCGAGGUGACCACCAGGGGCUGCGAAGUAAUAUACAAUGGGUGUCCCAAAGCUUUCGAGGCUGGUAUUUGGUGGCCACAGACCAAGUUUGGGCAGCCAGCUGCUGUGCCGUGUCCGAAGGGAUCAGUGGGGAAUGCGGUUCGACACUGUAACAAYGAGAAGGGUUGGCUGCCUCCUGAGCUUUUUAACUGCACCACCACCACUUUUAUGGAGCUAAAGAUCAUGAAUGAAAAGCUUUCCCGCAACGAGACCAAACUGGAUGGAGACAAAACCAUACGGAUUGUGAAGAUGUUGCAGAAUGCCACCAAAUAUACCAGCAGCCUGUAUGGGAAUGACGUGAGGACAGCUUACCAGAUGAUGAUGAGGGUCCUGCAGUAUGAAAGCCAGCAGCAAGGCUUUGACCUGGCUGCCACCAGGGACGUGGAAUUCAAUGAAAACAUUAUCAAAGUGGGUAGUGCUCUGCUGGAUCCCAGCAACAAGGAGCAGUGGGAGCAAAUUCAGCGGAUGGAGGGGGGCAGCGCUCACCUGCUCCGGCACUACGAGCAGUAUUUCAACAAUGUGGCUCAGAACAUGAGGAAAACCUACCUGAGACCUUUUGUCAUCGUUGCCACUAACAUGAUUAUUGCUGUUGACAUCUUCAACAAAUCUAAUUUUACGGGAGCUAAAGUUCCGCGAUUUCACGAGAUUAAAGAGGACUACCCCAAAGAUCUGGAAUCAUCUGUUAUCUUCCCCGAUACCUUGUUCAAGCCCUCAGAGAGGAAAGGGUUACCUACAAUGAAGCCUUCAAACCAGAGAUUGUUCUCCAAGGUGACUGGUGAAGGGCUGAGUCCUGAGAGCGCAUUUACAAAGCGAAGGAAGCGACACCCCGAUGACUCCACCCAAUAUACGGUGGCCAUGGUCAUCAUAUACCGAUCGCUAGGACACCUUUUACCUGAGAAUUAUGAUCCAGACCGAAGGAGCUUGAGAUUGCCAAAUCGCCCCAUUAUUAACACACCUGUGGUGAGCACAGCUGUUCACAGUGACGGGGAGCUGCCACCCAACCUGGUGGAAAAGCCCCUCAUCGUGGAGUAUGCCAUGCUGGAGACGGAGGAGCGAACGAAGCCCGUCUGCGUCUUCUGGAAUCACUCCAUCCCGAUUGGUGGGACAGGUGCCUGGUCCUCCAAAGGGUGUGAGCUGUUCUCCAGAAACCAGAGUCAUAUCACUUGCCAGUGCAACCAUCUGACCAGCUCCGCCGUCCUAAUGGACAUCUCGAAACGAGAGAACGGGGAGGUGCUUCCGCUGAAGAUUGUCACUUACACGACCGUGUCCGUCUCACUGGUGGCUUUGCUGAUCACCUUCAUCUUGCUGGUUCUCAUCCGCACGCUGCGUUCCAACUUGCACAGUAUCCACAAGAACCUGGUGGCUGCCCUUUUCUUUUCCGAGCUCGUCUUUCUCAUUGGAAUCAACCAGACUGAAAACCCGUUUGUGUGCACGGUGAUUGCCAUCCUUCUGCAUUACUGCUACAUGAGCACCUUCGCGUGGAUGUUUGUGGAGCAGCUCCACAUCUACCGCAUGCUGACCGAAGUGAGGAACAUCAACUUUGGCCACAUGCGCUUCUACUACGUCGUCGGAUGGGGCAUUCCCGCCAUUAUAACAGGACUUGCUGUUGGUCUGGACCCACAGGGCUAUGGGAACCCUGAUUUCUGCUGGUUGUCUGUUCAUGACACUCUCAUCUGGAGUUUUGCUGGACCCAUCAUAAUUGUUGUUGUUAUAAACACUGUCAUCUUUAUACUGGCAAUGAAAGCAUCGUGCAGGCAAAGGCAACGCUCGUUUGAGAAAAACGGAGUCAUGUCUGUGCUGCGGACGGCCUUCAUCCUCUUGCUGCUCAUCAGCGCCACGUGGCUGCUGGGGCUGCUGGCCGUGAACAGCGACGUCAUGACGUUUCACUAUCUCUUUGCCAUUUUCAGCUGCCUGCAGGGGCUGUUCAUUUUCUUCUUCCACUGCGUAUUCAACAAAGAAGUCAGGAAGCACUUGAAGAAUACUUUAACUGGAAAGAAACCUCUUCCAGAUGAUUCUUCUGCAACAAGAGCUACGUUAUUAACGCGCUCUCUGAACUGUAACAACACGUACAUAGAGGAGCCAAAUAUGUAUCGCACAACUAUCGGGGAAUCCACUGUCUCCCUAGAGAGCACCGUCAGGGAUGAGGCUGCUCAUAAGCUCAGUGGAUCCUCAAGUCAAGCAAGGGCUGGUCAGACUGAAGCAGACUCCUCAAUUUUCCAUAGGAAUCCCUCAAAAUCCAAYGAGCACGACUCGGACUCGGACAGCGAGCUGUCGCUCGAYGAGCACAGCAGCUCCUACGCCUCCUCCCACUCUUCGGACAGCGAGGAAGACGGCAUCGAGCCGGAGAAAAAGUGGAACACAACCACUUCCAAAAACAAUGAGCGGGGCCCUCUCCACAGCACUCCCAAAGAGUGCAUCUCGGCCAGCGACGCGGAGGACCCCGGCGGGAAGCAGAAGCUCAAAGUGGAGACCAAGGUCAACGUAGAGCUCCACAGGGAGAACCAAGUGAACCACAGCAACGAGGCCCCUCAGGACAAGGAGAACGAGGGGCAGCAGAAGGAGAACAGGCCUCUGUCCCACCAGAACAACCAGCAGCCAGAGCAGAGGAAAGGCAUCUUAAAAAACAGAGUCACCUACCCGCCCCCGCUGAUGGAUAAGAACAUGAAGAACCGGCUGCGGGAGAAGCUGUCGGAUUACAACCAGACGUCGCUGCCCUCCCGGACUGCUUCCCUGGGGGCUGGAGAUGGGGUCCGGCCCCCCUCAGACUCAGGGGUGACCGUAAAGAAUCUCCGGAGGGAGCAGCCUCGGGAUCAGCUCAACGGCGUGGCCAUGAGCCUCCACGUGGCCGCGGGACACGCCGACACCUCUGACUCAGAAGGCAGUAACGAAACUUCAAUUUGAACCAUCAGGAAACCGUGAUGGCCGCUGCCUCCGGGACUGCUUC